AUGUGUAAAUCAAAUUUUUACAAUUGAAACAAGAAUGUAUGCUUUUGGAUAAAUGCAAUUUUAUUUUCAUGCUAUGUGUUAGGUAUAUGUGUUUGAGCAGGAAUAUUUUUUAUAAUUUACUAUCCUUUGAUUAAAAGAGACUAUAAAGAAGCUCCAUGCACAAUAACUGGCAAAACAACUUUUACUCUUUCAGCCACCUCAUCAUGAACGUACCACAGUUAUAGCCUAGACGUUUAUAUAAACAAUACAAAGUACAAAGCUUAUGGUUGUAUAUCUAAUUCUGCUGAAACAUCAAUAUCAACCACAGUGAUAAGUUUUUAUUACCCUUAUAAUUACAUCCCAUGCAAAUCUGAUGGAUAUGUUGCUCCUUUAGAAAACUGUCUUGAUGAUCAAAUAUUCUUACCCUUUUGGACAUGUAAAAAUGCAUCAGACGCAUAUUUGGCUAUAGGAUCUUCUUUCACCUGCAAGUGGUGAUUAGCCGAUAAAGAUGGAGAAACUGACCCAGCAAAGUCAGAAAGCAUUACUUAUCCUGGCUAUGAUAAUUCUUGAGUUGAAGUUCUUUUCAAAGAUGAUAUCUUUAUUCCGACUGAUGAUUAUAAUACUUUGUGGGGAAUUCCUUUUGCUCUUUUAAUAUGCGCGCCUUUGAUUAUAAUAAUUUGGAUUAAUUGUGGAAUUUUUUGCUGCGGAUAUUCAGAGGAAUUUAAGCUGGUUUUUAAUUAUUGAUAUACAAAGUAUAUAAAAUGCAAAAUAGCAAAAAAGCCUAUUAAGCAUUGUGAUGAGCAAGUUAACAUUGAUAAAACUAUUUCAACAAUUGCAUUUCUCAUGGCACUCACAAAAGGCAAGCAUGCCCCAAAAUUCCCGAAAUCCCUAAUCAAAAAAACAGUUAACUACCUCUAA